AUGUCAUCUCAAGCCCGCGAGCUGUUGCGCAAGUUUACAUCAUGCGACAUUGGAGAUGCGCUGGUCAAGCUCAAUUAUCCCAGAGGUGGCUUCCUAAAAGACAUCCAAUUGCGGUCUGUCGACUCGAAGACUCGUAUUUUCGGGCCAGCUGUCACUGUCAAGAUGGUUAGGACAAAGGCGAAAGGUAAACCCACGCUUGAUACGCACUUCGUCGACCAUAACGUGAAAGGUGGAGUCAUGUAUAUCAAUCAGCCCGUUGACGCUAUCUCUGCCUGCUGGGGUGGCCUCAUGUCCACCCGCGCCAAGUACCUGGGUGCAGAGGGCGUUGUCAUCAAUGGAAGAAUGAGAGAUAUCAACGAGCAUAAAGAGUUCAACUUCCCAGUAUUUUCGCGGGGCGUAUCUAUCUUGGGAUCAAACACUUUCACACGUGCCUCGGAGAUCAAUGUUCCAAUUUGUGACGGCGGUGAUUUGUGGAUUAACCCGGGCGACAUCCUUGUUGGAGACGCUGAUGGUGUUGUAUCUGUUCCCCCAUCUCUGAUAGAGCAAGUCGUGGCUUUGUGCCAGGAGCGAGCUGAGAUUGAUGAGAAGAUGUUUGCCGAGCUACGUAACGGUGCGGCCAUGGGGGAUUUGAUUCGAACUAUCCGUAAGGAUAAAUAG